CGUCAAUUUGAGAGACUGAUCUGUCGUGUAGGAGCCGUGAUCGACACUCUAGACGCCACAGGUCGCUCGAAUGAGAGAAAUGGCAGCAGCAGCGACGUCACAAGACGGACUCCAUCUCGGUCAGUACCUUCCACCACUCAAAACAGUCGCUCACACAUCAACCGUCGUUGAUCACCAAACGCAAGGACGCGGCGUUCAUGUCCAACAGCUGUACGAAGAUACAGACGGUGGAGACCAGAAAGGCGCCGCUCGCGGAGCGGGAACGAGUCUACCAGCAGUAAAUGGUCGUCCACUCUCCUCCUCCCUUUCUCGCUCAUCCAGUCGCACCGACGUGUCAGGCAAGUCUCAAGCCAUGACACCUGACCAAGCGAUGAAGCUGUACAUGCACAAACUGACGUCAUUCGAGCACCACGAGAUCUUCAACUACUCGAAAAUCUACUUUGUCGGAGCCUCGGCUAAGAAACGGCAAGGAGUGGUCGGGGGACCGCUGAACUGCUGCUUUGAUGAUGAGCAUGGCGCGUACGGGGCUGUAGCUCAUGAUCAUGUGGCGUAUCGAUAUGAAGUAUUGAGAGUGCUGGGAAAGGGAAGCUUUGGGCAGGUGUUGAAGGCGUAUGAUCACAAAACUCGUCAAACUGUCGCGUUGAAGAUGGUGAGGAAUGAGAAGCGGUUCACUCGUCAGGCGCAGGAGGAGAUUCGGAUUCUCGAGCAUCUCAAGAAGCAGGACUCGGAUGGAUCCGGUAACGUCGUGCAUCUCUUUGAGCAUUUCCAGUUCCGCAAUCACGUCUGCAUCACGUUCGAGCUGCUCAACAUCAAUCUGUACGAGUUGAUCAAGAAGAACAAGUUUCAGGGUUUCAGUGUGCAGUUAGUGAGGAAGUUUGGUCAUUCGAUAUUGCAGUGUCUCGAGAUGUGCUAUCGAAAUCGCAUCAUUCAUUGCGAUCUAAAGCCAGAAAACAUCCUACUUAAAAGUCAAGGACGGACGGGACUCAAAGUCAUCGAUUUCGGUUCGAGCUGCUAUGAUCACCAACGUAUCUACACGUAUAUACAGAGCCGAUUCUAUAGAGCACCCGAAGUUAUUCUCGGAGCAAAGUAUGGGAUGCCGAUUGAUAUGUGGAGUUUUGGAUGCAUUCUUGCUGAGUUAGUGACCGGCCAUCCUAUCUUUCCUGGUGAGGAUGAGAGCGAUCAGUUGGCUUGUAUAAUCGAGUUGUGUGGUCAACCACCUACUAAGCUCUUAGAGGUAUCUAAGAGAGCAAAGAAUUUUUUUAACUCGAAAGGACAACCUCGUUAUUGUGGGGCCAUCGCUCAUACGGAUGGAACAGUGAAGCUAGUAGGUGGGAAGUCGAGGAGAGGCAAGUUUCGAGGGCCGCCAGGAUCUAAGACAAUCACUGCAGCACUAAAAGGGUGUGAUGAUAAUCUAUUUAUUGACUUUUUAUCAAAAUGUUUAGAGUGGGAUCCAGCAAGUAGACUGACACCGUUGACAGCAUUGAGACAUCCCUGGCUAAAGAGAAAGUUACCGAAACCGCCGAUUGAAGCUGCGCCGUUGGGACCAACAACGGGAGUAACACUAGCUACAUCAUAUGAUCAGCCAGGUGUUGCUGCUGCUGCUCACAUGAGCAUCCAUGAGAAGAAACCACCAAUUCCUCUUGCUCCAAAUGCAGCCGCAGCCGCUGCUGUUGCCAGUCAUUCAAAACAUCAGAGAACGUACACGGCACCGACAUCGAAAGUUCAAGCAUCUCGACCCAGUAAUGCCGGUCAUGCCGUAUCGAGGCAACGACGGCAACUACCGACGGGUAUAACAACAGUUCAGUCCCCAAGUGCUGGUCCUGGACUGUCAUUGGUGAAGGUAAAAGAGCGAACCGUGUUGCCCAAAAUUGGAGGUGGAAGAUGACUUGCUAUGAUAUCUUGAUUCCCAGAUACACGACACCUGUCUUUACGAGAUCUUCCCUAUGUUGUAUAUUUUGAUGUGAGCACGUUGAAUUAUGUAGAGCCGUGAGUUUAUGUACAUAUAGUGUAUAGAAUUCAAAAGAGACGUGAUCACAUUUGGACAAUAGCAGUGUAUGGUGUGC